UUUUAUUUUUGGGUAUAAAAUGCUCCAAAACUCGAACAUCUUUUCCUCUUCGUCUUGUCCAGUUUUUAAUGGAAUCACCAACCGCUCCGAGAUCUGAAUCUUCAUCAUCUCCGUCUUCUUCCGCCGAGACAUGACGUCGUCAUCAUCUUAUUCUCUCACUCUCCUCCGCCAUCUCUCUCCUCUCCAACUCUCUCGCUCACGCCACUGCUCGUCCUCGCUUUGCACACCCGUUCGCCGCCGAUCCGUUUCGGCCUUUUCGUUUCGGAGUUCCCGUAUCCGAUACGAUCUUCAGUUGAUCGGGCGGAGAAAUGGGCGCCGCUUUCGCUACAGUUCUGUCGAUUUCGGGUCCUUUGAUUCGGAAUCAGCUGAUAUAACACCACUUGAUGAUUGGGGGACCGGACGUGAAGAGUCUACAGGGUACAUGAUUUAUUCCAGCGGCGAAGAUAGUGACGGAGAGUUUGUAGUAACCCCCGUUGCUGAUAUUGAUUUGCCUGCCAUCACCGUAGCAGCUGAUGAUGCUAGGACUGUCACUGCUCACCGGCUUGCAAUGCUUGGACGGCAGCGUAAGAAGCACAGGAUCAGACAUGGCGUAUUACUCAACAUGGGAUUGAUACUGUUCUUAGUGGUGUUACUUUUAUAUGUGGAUUCAUGUGCGUGGAGGAUUGUUAGACUACCUUUGGCACCAUUUCACUUGACAUGCCCCUUUUUUGUUUCAGCCAUUUUAGCCUCUUGCGCGGGAUAUGUUUGUGUUCCUCUACUCUAUGUCUUGAAGAUUCGUCAAAUUAUCAGAAAAGAAGGGCCUGCGAGGCACUCCUUAAAGAAAAGAACUCCCACGAUGGGUGGACUAUUUUUUAUACCAAUUGGUGUAAUUGUUGCGAAAUUUAUUGCCGGUUUUUCCUCUGUUGAAGUUUCUGGAGCUGCUGCAGCAACUCUUGCAUUCGCUGCAAUUGGGCUACUUGAUGAUAUCUUAAGCCUUGUCAAGAAACAUAACACUGGUUUAUCUGCAUGGACAAAAUUUAUUUUGGAGGUAGCUGUUGGAACAUGGUUUUCGUAUUGGUUGCAUACAGCAAAUGUAUCAUCACCCUAUGGCAUGAAACUGUUGGUUCCUCUACCUGCACUAGGACUCGUGUUCCUGGGAAAAUGCUAUCUAAUGUUGGCUUCAUUCUGUUUCGUAUCUAUGGGAAAUGGUGUUAACUUAACAGAUGGUCUUGAUGGUCUGGCUGGAGGGUCUGCUGCGUUGGCUUUUGUAGGAAUGUCGAUUGCAGUUCUUCCAAUAUGUUCUGACCUUGCUAUAUUUGGAGCAUCAAUGGCAGGAGCUUGUGUCGGUUUUCUUUUGCACAACCGAUACAAGGCAUCUGUAUUCAUGGGUGAUACCGGAUCCCUGGGACUUGGGGGAGGGUUAGCUGCAAUGGCUUGUUGCACAGGGAUGUUUUUCCCUUUAUUUAUUUCAUCUGGAAUCUUUGUCAUCGAAGCCUCAUCGGUUAUUUUGCAGGUACUAUACUUCAAGACAACCAAGCGUUUACAUGGAGCUGGGCGCCGUCUCUUCCGAAUGGCACCCUUUCAUCACCACCUUGAACUAUGUGGAUUAAAAGAACCAGUCAUUGUUGCUGGUGCAUACGCUAUAUCGUCCAUACUCGCGGUGUGUGCGGGUUAUCUUGGCCUUAUUUCUGCAUAGCAUUUCGACGUUGUUACCAUUCUUUGUAGCUACUAGCUAGGAUUACUAGAAUUAAUUUUUGUAUGUUUUUUAGUCUUUAUUCUGUAAUUGUUGGUUGCUGAGAAAAUAGAGUAAAUGUACAUUUCAAACUUGUGUGCGAAACUUUGCUAACGAAAGUGAAACUAUAGAAUGGGCCAUGCUUUAACGAUAUAGCCCACUUAAGUUGGACUCUCCUGUUUUGGGCUUCAUGCUGGAUUUCCAACUUCAACGCUAGUUACGCAAUACAAAUGGUGCAUUGAA